AUGUUCGACGAGUAUCUUCACGUCGGGGAUACAACUAGCCGGGAGUGUCUGGUAAAUUUUUGUGUGGGCGUUAUUGGCGCCUUCGGCGCCACUUAUUUGCGCAAGCCGAAUGCCCAAGACUGCCAGGACCUGCUGCGGAUGCACGAUACGGUGCACGGCUUUCCUAGAAUGUUAGGGAGUAUUGAUUGUAUGCACUGGGAGUGGAAGAAUUGUCCUGCAGCGUGGAGAGGCCAAUUCACCAGUGGGUAUAAGGGUACCCACCCGACGAUGAUCCUUGAAGCAAUCGUUGACCACAGUCUUUGGAUUUGGCAUGCUCACUUUGGCGUGGCGGGGUCCAACAACGACAUCAAUGUGCUGAACUCGUCCAGUCUCUUCACCGAGCAAUGCAAUGGCAAUGGUCCGAUUAUCAGCUUCACUGCCAACGGACGAUAG